UUCUAGCUGCCGAGUGAACUAACUCGCAUUAAAACCCUUCUGUCCCUACUGCUUCCUCACCGACAUCCAAUCUCACAUGAUCGCAGAUGCUCUUUUAUAUCAACUCUACCAGUCGCCGCUCUGUGUCUUCAAUUGGAAUUUCACGUCCUCGAAGGUUACGGGAUGAUGACGGGAAUCGGAAGUGGGCUUCUCGUUCUGUUUCUGUGCGUUGUCAAAACAGCUUGUGCUCUGAACGCGAGCCACCUUCGCGGCCACGAAGAUUAUGUGCAGUUCCUUCUUGCCAGUGGAGUUGCUCGAACUCCUCCAAUGGGGUGGAACAGUUGGAAUCAUUUUCAAUGCGGGAUUGAUGAAUGGACUGUGAAGAGCACUGCUGAUGCACUUGUCUCCACCGGUUUGGCUGCACUUGGAUACAAGUAUGUAAACAUCGAUGACUGUUGGGCUGAAAGAAACAGAGAUCAGAUGGGCAAUUUGAGGGCAAAGUCUUCAACUUUCCCUUCUGGAAUCAAGGCCCUGGCGAAUUAUGUGCACACAAAGGGGUUAAAACUUGGAAUAUACUCAGAUGCCGGGUAUAGUACUUGCAGCAAGACAAUGCCCGGGUCUCUCGGGCAUGAAGAUCAGGACGCAAGAACUUUUGCUGCUUGGGGAGUGGACUAUUUGAAGUAUGACAAUUGCUACCAUGAUGGAUCCAUACCUCAGCAAAGGUUCUUGAGAAUGAGCUAUGCGUUGCAGAGGGCCAAACGACCAAUACUUUUUUCUAUCUGUGAAUGGGGAGAGGAGAAUCCAGCAAAAUGGGCUGGUCAGCUCGGCAAUUCUUGGCGAACGACGGGGGAUAUUAAAGACAGAUGGGAUAGUGUCACCUCCAUUGCGGAUAUCAACAACAUAUGGGGAAGAUUUGCUGGACCGGGCAGAUGGAACGAUCCUGACAUGCUGGAGGUGGGCAAUGGUGGGAUGACUUUAGAGGAAUACCGAUCCCAUUUUAGCAUCUGGGCUGUCAUGAAGGCUCCUUUGCUAAUUGGAUGCGAUAUCCGGUCCGCAAGCAGAGAAACUCUAGCGAUACUCAGGAACAAGGAGGUGAUUGACGUGAACCAGGACCCUUUGGGAGUUCAAGCCAGAAAGCUUCGAUCAAAGGCUGGGCUAGAAGUCUGGGCCGGACCGUUGUCAAGAAGAAGAGUGGUGAUAGUGUUGUGGAACAGAAGCGGUGUCAGGGCCCCUAUAACGGUUGGAUGGAGGGAAAUCGGGCUCUCCCCGUCGCAAGCGGUCAUCGUCAGAGAUGUCUGGAAGCAUUCAUUUGUCUCAAAGAGCGUGAGGUUUCAUUUGACUGCACUUGUUGCUCCUCAUGCCUGCAAGAUGUAUGUGUUCACGCCCGUUUAAUGCAAGGCGCAUUUGGUGAAAGGACGUAGCGCAUCAACUCAAAGUGAAUGAGUGUAAAUCUGUCAUAAAUUGUGCGGUUAAUGGAAGGCAGAUUAAUUUUCUUAUUGUCCUUUCUCUUUUUGGUUUAGGUAGCCACUUUCUUUGUUUUUAUGUCAGAGUGGUUUCCAUGACGAUUUAGCUAUUGCUUUUGAUAUGAAUCCUUCUUAUUGUUGCGACUAGACAUUGGAAGGAUUUAGAAUGACUUAUCUAAACUUUGGAGACUGCCA